GAAUAGGAUUGGCUGAACAAAAUGGCAGCUGGCGGAUACAAUGUAUCGUUUGUAGAUCCACUUGAGAAAGACUACGAAUGUCCCGUUUGUCUCUUGGCUGUGAGAGAUCCAGUGCAGACGCCAUGCGGACAAUCUUUCUGCAAGACUUGUUUCGACCAAGUAGCAGAGCAGCAAGGAGGAGGAUACGACGUGGAAUGUCCGUUGGAUGGGAAGAAGCUGGCUACACCUGGGGUCUUCAAAGAUAUGAAAGUAAAGAGGAAAGUGCUGUCUCUGAAAGUCAGGUGUACUAAUAUAUCAUAUUUUGGCGAAGAGUGCAAAUGGAUAGGAGAACUGAACUACCUACACGAUCAUCAUAACGAAUGCAAGUUUCAGAUUGUCCAGUGUCCCAGAGAUUGUGGUAACAGCAUGCGACGAUGUGAGCUUUCCCAUCACGCAAAAUUUAUCUGCCCUCUAUUGCUUCUAAUUUGUCUCUUGUGCAACAAAAAAGUCCAAAGGCGUUAUGUGGAGUGGCAUAACAGACACUGUCCAAAGUUGCUUAUCGAUUGCACAUUGAAAUGUGGAAAGAGAGUGGAAAGAAGAAACAUGAAAGAUCACGUUUCUGAGUUAGGAGAUUGUCCCAAUACGAUAAUGCCUUGCGUCUUCAAGGACGUGGGAUGCAACGUUACGGUUAAGAGACAUGAAAUGGAGCAACAUUUAAGUACAACAGUAGUGCAGCAUCAGAUCGAACAAAAUCAGAUAGUGAAAACACUGAGAGAUGAAAACAAGACACUGAAACAUGAAAACAAGGCAAUGAGGGAUGAAAAUAAUCAGAUAAAAGAAUCACUUCAUUUGGUAAACUCUGCUCUCAUUCGACUGUUUUCAUCUCAAAGUGAAGACUUAGAGUCUUCUUGUGGUAAAGCUAUAUUACGGUUUACCGUUUCAAAUGGUAUGCUAUCGUAUGCGUACCAAAGAAGUAAGCAUUUCUUUGCUCAUUCGAUUGGAUACAAAGUGGCAUUGGACAUUUGGUCUAUGGAUGAUGAUCUGUGUGCUACACUUAUUCCUGUCUGUGGUAAACGCGACCACGAAUUGAGGUGGCCGUUUAGCCUCCGUCAUACGAUUACGCUAGUUGGCCGGCAACACCAUGAAGAUGACAUAAAAAUGACAAUAGAUCCAGCUACACUAGAUGAUGAGCUCAUCAAAGAUUAUUUUGACAAACCUAGACGGGGUUUUCGCCCCGUAGCAACAAGGGUACAUAAUCUGCGUUGUACAACAGCUUCGCUUCGCGUCUCUCUAUAUGUUCUUUUUACUGAAAAGUACUUGAAGAACGAAGAGUUUGUUAUCGUUGUCGAAGUAGACAAUUGACAGUUCUUUUUGUUUCAGUAUGAUUGUAUUGCAAUCAAAGCAAAAUAAAGUAUACGUGCA